AUGGACCCUGGUGAAAACUGGAAGCUGGAUGAAACCAACUGGUUGUCUCAUGGUGGAAUCCAUUCCUUUGCCAGUGUGAAAGGAGACAAUGAGCUCUCCGAAGGUGCCCCAGCCCUCUUUGCUCUGGAUCAGCUGGGCUCCACAUCUGUUUGUUACAAGCCUACCAGCCCAGUGCAAGUACUGGAAGACACUGGCUUUCUCUACCAGGAUCACCAGUUGUUUGCUGGCAGGCAUGAAGUUUCUCCCUUAACAGCAGAAGUGAUCAGUGCCAAAGAAAAAACUGCUGAGGAGACCCUCUGCACCUUGCACCCACCCAGCUUCCGCAGGGUCCCAGAGGCGGAGAUGCGAGGUGCAGAGGAGGUGGCAGCCGGCACCGUCCUGCAGCGCCUGAUCCAGGAACGGCUGAGGUAUGGCAACCCCAGCGAGAACAUGAACCUACUGGCCAUACAGCACCAGGCGACGGGCAGCGCCGGCCCCUCCAACAGCACUGCCAGCACUCUCUCUUCCGCAGAAAACCUUGUGCCCGAAGACCCUCCAAUGGUCCAGCCAUCCGGGCGGCAGGAACCACAGGGGCAGGAGCACCAGGGGGACGGUGCUGCGAUGGAGAAGCAGCCCCGGGCCCCACAGGCCCCACAUGGCUCCGAGGAGCUCCCCACCUAUGAGGAGGCCAAGGCCCAGUCUCAGUUUUUCCGAGGCCAGCCGCCAGCUGCUGCUGCUGCACCAGGUUUCUAUGGCACGUCCGGCCAGAAGUCCAGGACGGAGGGGAGGCCGACAGUGAACCGGGUCAACAGUGGGCAGGCGCAUAAGGACGAGGCACUGAAGGAGCUGAAGCAGGGCCAUGUCCGCUCGCUAAGCGAGAGGAUCAUGCAGCUCUCACUAGAGAGGAAUGGGGCCAAGCAGCACCCCCCAGCCCCAGGGGUCGGGAAGGUCUUCAAGGCAACCCCAGCACCCAGCAAGGCCGCAGACCCACGGGGCCCACCACCUGAGUACCCCUACAAAGGCAAGACGGCAGCACCUGGCAGCAAGGCACAGGACCAUGGGCUCUUCUAUGGCGAGCAGCCAGUGCAGGAUGUCCUCAAGGCCUCCUAUGCCACCCCGCAGCCUGCCCGGGCAGAGGCAGCCCUGGUCCGCUACCAGCCACCCCCCGAGUAUGGGGUCAGCAGCCAACAAUGCCAGCCACCCUUCCCACCACCACCAGUCCAGCAGCACAGCCCAAUGUCCUCACAGGCCACCGCUGCCACUGGCCCUCUUCUCCCUGGCACCAUGUCCCCACUGCCAGGCCCUGCUGCUGCCCAGCCAUUGACACCAACCUUGCCAGGCCAGCAGCUGACCCCCGACGCCUUCGCCAUCGUGGAGCGGGCACAGCAGAUGGUGGAGAUGCUCUCCGAGGAGAACCACAUGCUGCGGCAGGAGCUGGAGGGGUAUUAUGAGAAGGCAGACAAACUGCAGAAGUUUGAAAUCGAGAUUCAGAGGAUUUCAGAAGCUUAUGAGGGAUUGGUCAAAACCACCACUAAGAGGGAGUCUCUGGACAAGGCAAUGAGAAACAAACUCGAAGGAGAAAUUAGGAGACUUCAUGACUUCAACAGGGAUCUUCGUGAACGAUUGGAGACAGCCAAUAGGCAGCUAGCCAGCAGAGACUUCGACGGGCAUGAGGAGAAGUCAACAGAGGGCCUUUAUGUCACUCAGAACAAAGAGCACUUGAAGGAGAAGGAGAAGUUGGAGAUGGAGUUGGCAGCAGUGCGCUCUGCUAAUGAGGACCAGCGGAGGCACAUCGAAAUUCUCGACCAGGCCCUGAACAAUGCACAAGCCAAGGUCAUCAAACUGGAAGAGGAGCUGCGCAGGAAGCAGGCCUAUGUGGAGAAGGUGGAGAAGCUGCAGCAGGCCCUGACACAGCUGCAGGCAGCCUGCGAGAAGAGGGAGCAGAUGGAGCGGCGGCUGCGCACGCGCCUGGAGCGAGAGCUGGACUCACUGCGCAUGCAGCAGAGGCAGGGCAGCUACCAGGUGAGCAGCCUCCCAGAGCAUAAUGCUCCAGCCCUGAUGGAGCUGGUGCGGGAGAAGGAAGAAAGGAUCCUGGCUCUGGAAGCUGACAUGACCAAGUGGGAGCAGAAGUACCUGGAGGAGAGUACGAUCAGGCACUUCGCCAUGAAUGCCGCAGCCAGCGCUGCAACAGAAAGGGACACCUCGGCCCCGAGCCACUCGCGCAAUGGCAGCUACGGUGAGAGCGCACUGGAGGUGCGGAGCUGGCAAGAGGAGGAGGAGAUUGUGCAAGCCAACAGGCGCUGCCAGGACAUGGAGUACACAAUAAAGAAUCUGCAUGCCAAAAUAAUUGAGAAGGAUGCCAUGAUCAAGGUCCUUCAGCAGCGGUCACGGAAGGACCCUGGGAAAGCUGACAGCACCAGCCUGCGACCAGCACGGUCUGUUCCCUCCAUUGCUGCUGCUACAGGCGUGCAUUCGCGCCAGACCUCGCUCACCAGCAACCAGAUAGCUGAGGAGAAGAAGGAAGAGAAGAUCUGGAAGGGAAGCAUAGGGCUGCUUUUGGGGAAGGAGCACCAAGACCACCCAUCAGGCCACUCACUGCCUCCUCCGCUGCCCUCCUUGUCCUGCGUGCCUGUCCCAGUGCCGGCAGCCUCCCACACGAAGACAGGCAGCAAAGACAGCAGCACGCAGACGGACAAAAGCACUGAGCUCUUCUGGCCUGCUACCGCCUCCUUCCCUGGCCGGGGACGGCUGGGCACCACCCCGGCACACAGCCCGGCCCCACGGCCCCCGGCCACGCGAGCGGCCAGCGAGAAACUGGAGAACUCCAGCCAUGGGAAGCUGCCCGACAGCAAAGGCAGAGUGAGCAGUUUGCUCCACAAGCCUGAGUUUCCAGAUACAGACAUGAUGGAAGUCCUCAUCUGA